AUGAGAACAGGAGUGAUAACCUUCAACGCUUUUAUCCUGAUAUUUGGGAUAAAAGCUGUGAUAUCUGAAGUGAAACUCGAAAAAGCAAUCAACGAGCUCCAAGCGGAAUACAACUUUGAAACCAUUUUAUACUUUGUAUCGCAUAUUACAAAGCGAGAAAGGAUAAUGGUGCGAGAGGAAAUCAGCUCAGCUGGGAAAGGCGCUCCUAGUCUACUCCUUGACGGAAUGUACGAGGACCUUGAUAUCAGAGAGGAAUUUAACUCCAAUAUUCUUUCCGUAGUUUUCAUCACUCAAGCCAAUAAAGGAAACGCUCUUGAAAUUGUACAGGAAACCUUGGAAAGGAACUUUGGAUCCAAAAUAAUUUUCAAUUUCUUCGUGGAAACUUGCACAAGAUUUGAAUUGCAGGAGUUCAUGCAGUGGUUGUGGAGUGAAAAUAUGUUUAAUAGUUUAGUGAUCAUGAACAACCAUUCCUUCACAUUCAACCCUUAUCCUUAUAUGACAAUUAUAGAAAUUGCUACUUAUGCUUCUUUAAAGUUGGCCUUCGAAGGGAAAUUGGCUAAUCUCCAUAAAAGCAAAGUAACUGUCCUCGGGGGUAAUGUUGCUCCUCGAACUAUGAAAUAUGUCGAUCGCAAUGGAAAUAUCCAAUAUGCAGGAUACAUUAUGAAAACCAUUCUCACAUUCAUCGAUAAAUACAACGGAACUCUGUACGAACACGUCCCUAAUAUAACCAAAGAUAUUACUGGACUAACUGAACACAUGAACAACAGAGGAAGCGACAUUCAUCUACUAAUGGCGAUGGGAUUUGAAGGAAAUCUGAGGAUCACCUACCCAGUGGCGACGGUCGAUUUUUGCCUGCUAAUGCCAUAUCAGAAGGAGUUACCACGGAUGUACUAUCUUUCGCUACCAUUUCAGAUAUCCACUUGGUGUUUGCUGGGCAUCUUCCUCCUGGCUUUACUGGUCGUUAUGUUUGUUGUCAGCUUAGCACUUGGCAUUCGCGGUCACAGAGCCUAUUCUCAUGCUGUUUUCGGCAUUUUAAGGUUGCUUACCCAGCAACUGCACUUCCAAGCCCGACUUCUGGCAAAUCGAUGGGUUUUAAUCAUAUACUUAUUGGCUGUCCUUCUCUGCAUGCUCAUUUCAAAUUUAUACCAAAGUGAACUCAGCAGUUUUUUCACAAAAUCGAUCCCAGCACAUCAGAUCAACGACUUUUCCGAUUUAGAAAAUUUUAAUUAUAAAAUUUUAGUAAAUAAGGAAGUAGCCGAUGCGGCUAAUAUGCUCGUUAACUUAAAGAUGUUUCCUCGCAGCUUCCUAAAUUAUAUCGUCACUGGUCCGAAUCCACAAGACAAAUUAAACCAACUCAAUACAGACUAUGGGUACUUAGUUGGAGAGGAUCAAUUGAAACUUUUUGUGGAGCUACAAAAAAGGUUCUCAAGGAAAUACUACUUCAAAAGUAAAAUGUGUCUGAUGAAAGUAUUCAUGUGUGCAGUGAUUCGGAAUAAUUAUCCCUUCGAGUAUAUUCUCAAUGAUAUAAUCCUGCGAAUGGAGGAAGCCGGACUAAUGGACAAGUGGAAAAGAGACUUUUUGUAUGAAAGCAUUGAAGCAGGUUUUUUCGAAAUCAAAGAAUCACAUGAAGAUCCUUUGAGACCCUUGAAAAUGGAGGAGCUUUAUGUAGCUUGGUUGUUAUUUGCAAUUGCUAUACUAGUAGCAGUUUUUGCCUUUUGCGGAGAACAAGUGUGGAGGAUUGUGCAGAGAAAGCUGUCAUAA